UCACUGACAAAAGAGUACAAUAAACUGUAAUAGUUAGAACAGAGUUGUUUUCCUGGUUUUCUGCUGUAGUGACGUAAUGGACGGAGAGAUUUCAGCCCCAUGUCCUCACUGUCGAAAUAAAGCGAGGCGCUCCAGACCAAGACAUCUGCACAAGAGCACCCUGAGCUUUGGAGACGCCCCGUCCAUCUACACCACCACCCACACACAGAGUUUUUCCGGGCGGUCCGCUGAUGGACGUCCUCUCAUCUUCCAGUUAAGGGAGCCCAGCUUCCCCUCUCAGCACCAGAGUCAACUGGAUCUUGGUUACAACAUCACACAGCUGCAGAGUGUCCUGUUGUCACACUCUAAAGAGGUGCACGGGCCCAAACACGUAACUCUGAGAACAGACCCAAGGCUGGAAAACUGGGCUCGGUAUCGCAGCCGCCAAACCGCCAGGGAGAUCACCAAUCCUCAGGAUUCAUCCGAGACCUCGACCACCUACAAAACAGAGCACACAGUCCCAGUAACGGACACGUCGCCACAGCAGGCCAGCGGCAAACCAACCCGGUGGCACCAACACAACAUACUGACGGGUGAACAGAAGCAGACUGCAGGUAAACCCAGCAGACGAUCCAGGAACAAGGCGCUGUGGGCGUCGAGGAGCAGGGAGACGGACUGCUGUGCACUCAGACUCUACUGACGACUACACAGUUACACACUGCACAUGAAUCCCCUCAUCAAAUAUAUGAAACUUGUAGGACACCUCUCUGGUUUGUCUCGUCCGAAAGGAAAAACCUCGGACAGUAAAGCGUUGGAAGUGCUCAUGAAUAGGUGCAAAGUAAAAUUCCUUAGAAUAUAAUGUGCUAAAGUUAUGAUAAAUAUCUAAUGUUGCUUAAAAUGGUUUGUGUUUAAAUACUAGUUAUUUAACAGCAGGACCUUGGUUAGGAUUCCCAUAAAUAUCUCAGGCGCAGUCAAGUCUUCUAAAUUACCUAGAAAUGAUCUACAAAGGCUUGUGCGAGUAAAUUUAAAUGAAACUUUAUUCAUUUUCUUAAAGACCGCCAGUAAAGACAAAUAAUGAAAUGAGUGUAAAGACCAGAAACGAGGAGACUGAAGAGGAAAGAAUACAUAAAUAAUAAGAAAGGACGACAGACGGGGGUAGACUGAAGGAUAGGCCUAUUUACACUGAGACACCCCACACCAGUAACAGCCUGUGGGGGGUUAUCAAAGCACUAAUAGACUUUGAGAGUCCAGCUAGCAGCGGUACAGCAGUAGGUCUGUCUCUAGAAAGUCCUGAUCACCUUUAAAUCCAGUUUCGUUUGUUUUCAGCACUACAUUUAAAUACAACCAAAGCAGAAUAAGCACAAAAAAAGCCCUCAUGUAACAUAAAAAAAAAAAAAAAAAUACUGUGAGGAAUCGGGUUAAAAUGAUGCAGUAAUGCUACAAUAACUAUUCAGUAGUCGAUCUGUCUAACAGGGAAUGGCAUAAAAGCAUUACUGGCAACUUAAAACAAAACACAGCUGAUCUAAGAAACAGUUUAACUCCGUGAACAUCUCGUGUUGAUCAAAUUGUCUCGUGAUAACCACCAUUUCGUGACCGCAUGCGUGGCAGACACAUUUAAAAA